GUAUCAGGGGACGACUGUCUCGGACGCUCCGAGCUUUGCGGCAUAAGUAUACCCGUAUACCCGUGCCGUGAGAGCGUCCGCAAUUCGCUCCGCCGCCCGAUCGUGUGAGGGGCGCCUCAAUCUCAAAUAUACCUCGGGAAAAUCUGUCGGACUCCACUGCAAUUCACUUGAUGCCCCAGCACUAGCUCCACGUGGAGUUUGCUCUCGCGCUGGCUAGCUACAAUCUCACCAACCAUUGAACCGUCGAUGAGCCAUCUCGACUUUCGCGUCGAUCACUGCUAUUCACGUGGGGGCUGCCCCAGUUCCCCCAGGAUGCCGGUAUCUCCGCACAUGACGCCUUUAAACUUCCUCAGAUCACACAGCCAUAAGGCUCGUCCUCCCCGAUGCAAGCCAUUUCUGUUUUACAACCAAGUAGGCGUUUCAAAACUGCUUUCAAAAAUGUCAACCGCAACGAUGGCACAAACUGGCACCUUCACCGAUCUUGAGAGAAAUGGCAAUAGUGCUCGGAUACAGGCUGUCGACGGCUUGAGCAUGGAUCCUGCAGUUUUCGAGAAGCUACUUCUAAAUCCCCAGAUCGCGGUAAAAUAUGAUCUUAGGAAAGACAUUCGCUAUUCCCACUCCAUUGUGAGUUUUCUGCCUCAGGUCUCGUCUAUCGGUAAAAGGCCGAUAGGUUUCAGGGUACUGGUCGGAUUCGGUAUCGCUCUCAGACCUCUGUUCUGCUAUUUGAUAGGAUGGAGAGGAUCGAAUCAGCAGAAGAUGGGGAGUGCUAUUACGUACUGCGCACAGGCAUAUAUAUAGCUUCUUCACCGCCAUUAGGGCACCAUUAUUCUUAUAUAUUUAUACCAAUAUAUACCACGUUUCCACCCCUACAGCUUGUCCAGGCCGUAACAUGGUAGCAAUGCCCUAAGAUUUCGACCUCCAUAUCGAUAUCUUAUUGCGAGCUCUUAAUUAAGUCCUCGACCCAUAUAUAUACCAUCCUCC